AGAAGCGGGGGAAGCCGCAGUGCCAUUAGUCAAGUUCCGCGGACGGCGGACGCCAUAUCUGCAGUGUCCAAAUUCGAAGACCCUUAGCGGGGCCCCUCCAAAAUUGUGCUGCCCUCACGGCAUGAACUUUCGUCGGCACGCUGAGCCAUGAACGACUACUACAACCUGCUCGAGGUGCCGCGCAACGCGUCGCCGGAGGACAUCCGGCGCGCGUACCGGCGGCUAGCGCUCAAGUGGCACCCGGACAAGAAUCCUGACAACAAGGCCGAGGCCGAAGCCCGCUUCAAGGAAAUCUCGGAGGCCUACGAGGUACUCUCUGACGAGUCCAAGCGGCGCCAGUACGACCUGUACGGCAAUGGCAGUUUCGACGCCGACCACCGUAACGAAUACGCAAGCUCCCGGGGUGGCAACGGCUUCAGCAAUGGAAGCGCCUUCGCGUUCACUUUUCGAGACCCUGAGGAGCUGUUCCGCGAGUUCUUCGGCUCGUCGGACCCGUUUCGAGACCUGUUCCGUGGCAUUCAUGGCGGCCAACGCGGUGCCACUGUGCUCACCGGCGGCUUUCCCUUUUACCAACAAAACUUCGGCAGUAUAUUUCGCUCAGGCUUCCUCAUCGACUUGGAUGACCUGCUGUUCGGGCCGCACGUCUCUGCCAGUGGCAUGGGCGGCGGUUCGGCGGGCUUCGCGGGCAUGCCGACGCAAGAGAUGACCUCGGUACGCUUUGUGAACGGUAAGCGCAUCGAGACGCGCACCAUCAUCCAGGACGGCAUGAAGACCGUACUCUGCUUCGAAGACGGCCAGCUCAUCUCGCGCACUGUCGAAGGCGUCGGGCAAGACGUGUACGGGACCCCCGAAGAAGCGCCCCCGGUCCCCUCCAGGGAGGCACCGCAACAGCAACAGCGCAGGGAUCCCGCCGACUUUUCGCCUUCCUCGCAGUUCGGCAGUGGCGUCGCAGCGCAGCCAAGCUCGACGAACAAACGACCUUCGCAAACAAAAAGCAGAGCGCCCGCCGGAGGCAGCAGUCCCAAGAUGAGCUUAAGCGGCAAGGCCAGCACUUCUUGCAGUGCUCCGUCCCCGUCCAAGGCCUCGAGCAAAGGCGGCAGGAGCAAGAGCCACUCCAGCAGGCUCCAGAAGGGAGGCAAAGACGGCAGGAGGCUACCGGUGGCUAGGAAGGACACUCCCGACACCACAUGCUCUACACCAUCUUCAAAUUUGUCGCGGCACGAUAAAUCAAGAACCCGAAAACCCUAGUUAAUACGCUAGCUUGUCUUCACAUGGAGUAACUGCUAGUAGGUGUACUUGAGGUAGGAGGAAAAUUGAAGGGUGCAAACAAGCAGUGUGGCUAUUCUGCCAGGUGUGUGAGCUCACACACUAGGAAGACGGUGCACCACAUCUGAGAGAGAACAUUUCCAAGAACUACCUGCCAUACGUGUAAAUGCUUCAACGCUCACACAAGCUCAAAGGUGUCCCAUGUGUUGCCGGAAGCCAGGCCCGCUAGCUUCUACUUCGCUUGUCUUCAGAAGAAGGACCAUUUGAAUCUCUACCAAAAGUAACAAUAAUAAAGUUUGGUUACUGUGCGAGAACUCCAUGCAAGGGAGUCGCACGAAGUAA